UUAAAUAAAUUAAAAUUGUUUAUUAUUUAAUAUGGAAACUAUGAAUUUAUCAGAAUUUUCAUCAAAAUCAAUGGAUGUCAUCGUUGAUAUUCAUCAAGAAUAUGAAGAAGACAAAUUUUCUAAUGAUAACGAUAAACAAAAUGAAACAGUAGAUAAAAAUAUUUCAAAUCUACAGGAAUGUGAAAAUGUUAAUACAUCUUCAAAUAUAAAUAUUCGUGAUAAAAAAGUUAAAAGAUCUAAAAUCAAUUCAACUGCACAUCAAAAUCUUUUAAAAUACGACAAUGAUAUAAAAAUCAUAGAAUCGGUAGAUUUGAUUGAAGAGUUCGAAAAAUCACAGAUUAAGAAAAAAAAUGAAAAAAAAAUUCGUACAAAAGAUAAUAAAUCGAAUAAGAAAAAUAGGAAUCGAUCGUUUAUCGAGGGAAAGCAUGAUAGAAAACAAUGGGAUAUAUCAAAAAAUGAAAUAGUAGAAGUGAAGAAACCAACGAGAAAACGAUGGUUAAAAGAUACCACUGUAAUUCAAUUACCGGAACCAAGGAGUAUUUCUUGGACAAAUACAUCUCCAGACAAUAUAUCUUCGUCUGUUCAACAUUCAAAACAAUCAUUGUCAACGGCAUGUUUUUCAAACCAACCAUUGCCAGCGAUACGUUCUUCAAAACAAGCAUUGACAACAAAUUCAUUUUUAAAACAGGAAUUAUUUGGUUUUGAUAAUGCAGCUUUUGAUUCGGAAAAUGAAGAAAUUCUUAAAAUUGAAACCAAUCACAAUCACGAUAAUACGAAAAUCGAAAUGAAAUUUGAUGGCCGAAGUUCUCAAGAUUUGAGCAAAGAAAACAAAAGUUUGAGAGAAACGACAAUCAUGAUCGAAAAUUUAAACGAAACUGUAAAUUUAGAUGGUCGAAAUUAUGAAAAUCAAAGAAAAAAAACAGUAUUAGAUAUUGAACAUACUGAAAAAUCUAAUUAUGAUAUGUCUUUGAAAGAUAAAAUAAGUCAUAAAUCAAAAUAUAAAAAAAAUUUUUCCACAGAUAAGAAUGGGAAAAAUAUUUCUGAUAAUUCUAAUACAUCGCAAAGCUUGCAAGAUAUCACUGUACAAUCGGAUUCUUCCGAAAAAAUAUUAAUAAAGAAUAAUCAAAAAUGUAAUCGAAAACAUUCAAUUAAAAAUGAUCAAAAGCAUUCUGAAGAAAAUUUAAUAUCUGUCGAUGAACAUGACUAUCUAAAUAGGAAUUAUUUAAAACAUUCUAGUCAACAAUCGUUCACGUCUGAGGAUGAUGAUUUGGAUGAGAAUCGUUCGAGAAAAAUUUACAAUGAAGCUAAAUUAAAAAGAUCAAAUAUGAAGAAAAAAAAAACAAAUUAUACGGAACAAUGUCAAAUACAACAAAAGCGAAAAACACAUCGAAAAAAUAUUUCCACUUCAUCUAUGCAUACACCUGUUAAUGUCAAAGAAAAUUUAAAAAAAAAAGAAAAAAAAGAAGAGAAAAAUAUAAAAUAUAUUUCUGUAACAAUUCAUAGAACGGAUAUGUUAGAGAUUGAUUACAUGACGAAACAUCCUAUGGUAAAGGUUCAUAUAAUAAAAGGUGAGAAUGGGAAAUAUUUAAAAAAUAAAUAUGGUACAAGUACAUAUUUGCAACCUUUAAUAACGGGAAAAUUCGAUUUCAAAGAAAAUAAAUCCAUAAUACCAAUAUGGGAGGAAGAACUUAUUUUCGAACAUAAUUUCGAAGAGCUUUUGAAAACCGAUAAUGAAUAUGUUGUAAUUCUUUUCGAAAUUAUAGAUCUUUUAAGUUUUGCCGAAGCCAGUUUCAAUUAUGAUAAAUUUGGUCAUGAAAGUUGUUGGUAUAAAAUAGCAUGGGCUUUUUUAAAACCUAUAGGAUAUAAUAAUAUAUUACAUAUUGAUAAAAAAAUCAGAUUACAACUAUAUAAGCCUCAAAAAAAUUUGCAAAAAUUUGAAAGAUUUCAUACAUGUGAAGUAUAUACAUGGUGGAAAUCAAAUAUUCGAGAAAAAUAUCCUAGUAGCUUAUUUGUUACUAUAAAAUCCAUCGAUCCACCUAAAUUAGAACCUGUUUUAUAUCAACAAUUAUCAUUGCAUUAUUUAUCCAAUGCAUGUAAUGAAUCACAAAAAAUUCAUACUUCGGACAAUAUAAAUUUACCAAAAUGGAGUAGAUUAACUGCACAAUCUUGCAAAGUACCAAAUGAUAUUUUCUUCGAAACAGACAUCAGUGAAAACGGAUGUUUUUAUGUUGCUUUUAGCAACAAUGGCAAAUAUUUGGCUUGUAGCUUUGUUGAGGACCAAGAUUAUCCUAUUGUUAUUUAUAAGGUUGAAGCAAAGAAAAUACACGUACGCUUUUUAGGACACAAAAUUUUUGUUUACUCUCUCCAUUGGUCUAACAAUGAUAAUUAUUUACUUUCUGUUUCGUCAGAUCAAACUGCUCGCAUUUGGGAUGUACAGAAUCAAAUUAUACAACACGUAGAAAUGAUGCCUCAUCCUUCGUAUGUAUAUUGUGGUAAAUUCGAGUCUGAAAAUACCUCGAUAGUAGCAACUGGAUGUUAUGAUCGAAUAGUACGGAUUUGGAUACAAGAUAAGAAAUUGAAAAAUCAUGAUCUCAAUCAGGAAUUGGAAGGUCACGAGGGUUUUGUAAAUUCAAUGUAUUUUCAGAAGAAUAGUAAUUUAUUAACAGCAGACAGUGUUGGAAUAAUAAUAUUAUGGGCGUUAAAAAAAAAUCGAAAAGUAUCAUUUAAAAAGGAAUGGCAUAUAUCACGAAAAAUAAAAGUCAGAGAAAUCGACGGUGUAAUAAUUAAUACGAUUAUUUUACAUCCUUUGGAAUCUAGACUUCUUGUUCAUUCGAGAAAUAAUGGAUUAAAAAUGUUAGAUCUCGCAACUGGUGUAAUAUUGCAAAAAUAUAAUGAAUUGAAUAAUCAAAGAAUACAGUCAACAGCCUGUAUUUCUCCAUGCGGUAGUUUAAUCUUUUGCGGUGAUGAAGAUUCAUCUUUAAAUGUAUGGAAUUUAGAAACUGGAAAUCUUAUUGCAAAAUAUGCAUUCGAUCGACACUAUCGAGCAAUAACUUGUGUAGAUUAUCAUCCAUACGAUCAUAUGUUAGCUUUUUCAAUAUUUGGCAGUUCUGCUCCGGUAAAAAUUUUAAAAUUUAAUAAAGAUGCUACAGGUGAAAAUGUAGGAUUAAAAAUAAGAGAAAUUGAAAAUAUGGUGAACAAUAGAAAUGUUUCCCUUGAAUUUUUAAAUACACCUGUAAAAUCCAAAGAAGAUUUACAAUCAAAUAAUAAAGAAAUAAUUGAAGAUGAAGAUACUGUAAAAGAAAAGAAUUUGUUAACUAAUGAGAGUUCUGAUUCUAAUCUUUUUAAGUUUCCUGAUAAUACUCCUUUAGAAAGAAAUAAAUAUAAUGAUACAAAAAUAAAACUUCAACAAUUAAAUGAAACUGGACAAACGAUAAAAAAUCGUAGUGCGAAUCGUUUGUAUAAUAUUAUUAAAAAAAUCGAUAGCAUUUUAUCAAAUACGUCAAAAUCAUCGGGCGAUAUUGAAUCUGGAAAAAACUUUGUCCAAGAAUUAAAUAAGACCAAAAUUUUAACAAGUUUAGAUGAAAAUAUGGAAAAACAGAAAAACAAAUUGAGAAAGAAUACAUCUAUAAGUAGUGAUGAUCAAUCGAGUUAUUUUGAGUCAAGUACAACAAAUAGUGACAAACAGAAAGUUAUUGAGAGUUACGUCUCAAAGAACAAAAUAAAUGAUUGGUAUAUAGAAAAAAAAUUGAAAAAUAUAAAGGAAAUGAGAAAUAAUGACAUAUUAAAAAAUUAUAUAUCAGAAAGUUUUUCUGAUAGUACUAGUGAUUAUUAUAAGAUGAAAGUAUAUCGUGAAAGUACAAAAGAUUUAUCGCAAGGAGACAUUGAAUCGGAGCAUAUUACUGAAAUAGAAAAAAGUGAUGAAAAAUUAGUUAAAAAUAAUGAUUCAAAUUCUACUGAUAACAAAAUACAUAUUGUAGAAAAGAAUGAUGUAAAAAAUUGUGAUGAAAUUUCGUUAAAAAUGUUUGAAAACAAAAAUUUAGUUUUAGAUGUUACAAAUAUUGAAUCAAAUGUAGAUAAUUAUGGAAGUGAUUGUUCGAUACGUAGUAAUGCGACUUUUAUAAUUGAAUGUGAAGUUUCUACAUCAAAAUAAAAAAAAAAUAUAAUCUAAAAUAUCUUUUUAAAAAUUUAAGA